ACAAACACACAACACACACAAAACACUUAACAUUUUCAUGCACAACCUUUUUUGUCUGUGUGUAUCUUAUUCUCUUUCAUUCUCUAACAAUAAACAAUGGCUUCUCCUCCACCACCGUUUUCACUUAACGUGGUUGGAUCAGACACCUUUCCAUCAGUUUCUAGUUCUAUUACACCACCAACGGUUCACCGUUCAUCUCCGUUACAAAAUCUGAGUCCAAGCAUUCUUAUUAUUGUAACGGUCCUCGCCGUUACCGUUAUUUUAUCCCUAGCACUUUGCUUCCUUCUGCGUCACUUAAACCGCCGUUGCCUCCGCCAUAUGUCGGCAACCUCCGCCGCCGCAGUCUCUUCAUCGGCGACGCCAAUUUUCACCUCGAGCCGCCGUAUCUCGCCGGAGAUACCUCCUUCUUCCUCUUCCGUUAUUGACUCUCUCCCUAUAUUCACUUUCUCCUCCGUCACCCGCCGCUCCUCCACCGCCGCUGCUGACUGCGCCGUGUGCCUCUCCAAGUUCCACCACCACGAUCUCCUCCGUCUAUUGCCCCUCUGCUGCCAUGCUUUUCACGCCGAUUGCAUUGACACGUGGCUCCGAUCCAACCUCUCAUGUCCUCUCUGCCGGUCAUCCAUUGUCGCCGCCGAAUCGGAAACCGCUAAGGUUCUCCGAUCAUCAUCCUCCGCCGCGGGAAGCAGCGAUAGUUUCCGGCUUGAGAUAGGGAACGUGAGCCGACGAGGAACUGAGCCCGUGGCCGCAGCCGGAGGCGUCGGCAUCGGCGUUGGCGGUGGCUCGAGGUCGAGGUCGAGGUCGUUUUCCAUUGGAUCGUUCGAGUAUUUGGUGGAAGAGGAAUCGGAGGUUCCGUUCAGCCACGCUCACCGGAGAAGUGUAUCCGAUGAGAAGGAUAUUCGGUUGCCGGCGGAUUCUCCGGCAUCUCACGAAGCAGGUCUCGCCGGCGAAGUUGCCGGCGUGAGAAGUUGGCUGAAGGAGUACGUGGAUAGGUUCUCAGCUUCUGUAUCGUCGCGAACGGCGUCGUUUAGAAGCUCUGGAAGGUUCUUCAGUGGUGGGAGUAGUCGACGAAACGACGUCGUUCCGGUAGGUGAAGAAUAUGACAUGGAAGGUAACCGAAUUGGGGAGGAGAUUACCGAAAUGUUUCGUUGGCUUUCAGGUGUAUGA